AUGACGCAGCCACCGCGUCUGCUUGCCCCCUAUUUGCCAUACGUUUUAUCAGAUUUCACAGAUAUUGCGACUUUGCCCUUCGCCAAGGACGAUAGAGUAAAAGAUGAGGCAAUGCCAAUAAUUACACGAGUUACCCUUGCCUACCUCGAGGCGAAGGAUGAAAUUCGGAAUUUGGGAUAUUUAGUGCAAAGGACAGAAUCGUAUUGUGUACUAACCCUGGGUACGUUUAACUGUGAAAGUGAAAGUGCAGCCGUUGUUACCAUGCUUUCACCACCAGGGUCCUGGUCCUUUAUCGAGUGGAAGACACGUCCCAUGGCAGGUGGUGCGCCUCGUCCUAAUCAUGGGAGACAGGAUUCCGCCAGGGUGUUAGAGGGUGUGUUAGAGGGUGGAGGUUCGCCAGGAUGCAUGACUGAUGUUCAUGACUUCAUGGGAAGUCUUGAACAUACCCUGCAAUCUGAUGACUGGGUUGGAGGACGGAGUAACCCCGCAUCCUUUUUUCUCUGCAGAUGCGUGGACGUGGACGAAUGCAAGGUCUUCUCCCCUUGCUCCCAGGGAUGCGACAACUUCCCCGGGACCUUCCGCUGCUACUGCGCCCGCGGGUACUACCUCCGGCCGGACAACUACUCCUGCAAGGCCCACGACCCUCUGCCGAGCAUCGUGUUCGCCAACAGAUUGGACAUCAGACAAAUCUCUGUCGACGGCCACGAGUACUCGGCCAUCAUGGAGGACCUCCAGAACGCGAUAUCCCUUGACUUCCACUACUACCGAGACCUCAUCUUCUGGUCUGAUGUCAGCCUGGACGUCAUCAUGAGAGCCUUCCUGAACGGCACCGAAGUCACGGGCAUCGUUCGCUGGGGCCUUAGGAAACCUGGGGGCGUGGCCGUGGACUGGAUCAACGACCACGUGUACUGGAUGGACGGGAUAACCAAGAGGAUCGAGGUUGCAGAAUUAGAUGGAUCCAACCGUCACCCUAUUGUCUGGAGCGGCCUGCAGAAACCUCGGGCGUUGGUGCUCUAUCCACAGAAGAAUUUGAUGGUCUGGACGGACUGGGGUGAAAACGCGACCAUCGAGAGCUCUUACCUGGACGGGUCUGGUCGCCGCGUCAUCGUCAGGGAGGGACUGCAGUGGCCCAACGGCAUCACGAUGGACUACACGACCGAAACCAUCUACUGGGUCGACGCUCGGCAACACAAGAUCGAAGCGGCGCUGCUGGAUGGUUCGAACAGGAAGACGAUACUGGAGCGCAGUUUGCCACAUCCCUUCGCCAUAACCGUCUUUGAGGAUAACCUGUACUGGACGGACUGGCGCACCCGCUCCAUCCACAUGGCCAACAAGAGGACGGGGAGAGACCACACCACCAUUCACCAGAGCCUCGCUUUCCCAAUGGAUAUCCGCAGGUGGGUAUGGCAGGUGCUAAGCUUUGACGGCAGCAUGCGUCUCUGCUCAAUCUGGCAAGGACUCGACACAAGGGACAUCGUUGUAGAUCCGCAGGACGGCUACAUGUUCUGGAGUGACUGGGGCAAGCACGCCAAGAUCGAGCGGGCAAGCAUGGACGGCUCCGAACGCAUGACGCUGAUCGACUCCAACCUGAUGUGGCCCAACGGCUUGGCCAUCGACUACGAGCGCCGCGUCCUCUACUGGCUGGACGCCUCGCUCAACAACAUCGAGAUGGCCGCCAUGGAUGGCACCAACAGGAAGAUCCUCAUAAAGGGUAACCUGACGCACCCCUUCGGCCUGACGCUGUGGAACGACCUGGUGUUCUGGUCCGACUGGGACACCAAGAGCAUCCACGUCGCCAACAAACACAAUGGGGGAAACAGACGCGUGGUGAUAGACGGGUUAAAGGGACUCAUGGACGUCCGAGUGUUCCAACGGAAGCAGACGAAGAGAGAAACAAUCUGCAGCACCAACAACGGCGGCUGUUCACACUUGUGCUUGCUCAGGCCGAAGGGAGCGUCCUGCGCGUGUCCCACCGGUAUAUUGCUCAAGAAAGAUAAACACACGUGCCGGCGCCGACCCCUCCAUUCGCUGCUGAUCGCUGACCGAGAGAACAUCCGCCAGAUUUCCCUCGACAUGUCCUAUAUGGUGGACGUCGUGUUGCCGAUGCCUCACCACCAGAUCGUAGUGGCUCUCGACGCCGAUUCCGUCACAGGUGACAUCUACCUCGCGGACAACGCCAUGCACGUGAUUCGCCGCUGUUCCGCCGACGGGACCAAGAACCACGUCGUCAUAUCAGCGGCUAUUAACACGGUGGAGGGCAUUGCCGUAGACACAACGGGCAGGAAGAUGUACUGGACGGACUUGAAACGCAAGUCGGUGGAGGUGAGCGAGCUGGACGGAAGCAACCGACGGGUCCUGUUCACUGACCUGCACAAGCCCCGAGGUAUCGUGACUCACUACCCGAGUGGCAAGCUCUUCUGGGCGGACUGGGGCCUGCCGGGCAUCGAGGUCUCGGAUAUGGACGGAAACGGACGGAAAAUCUUCAUCUCAAGCAACAUCGCGUGGCCAAAUGGUCUCACUGUGGACUGGACCGAAAGGGAGCUGUUCUGGGCCGACGCCAAGACCAAUGCUAUUCAGGCUAUUGGUAUAGACGGUAGAAAUAGGAGGACGGUUAUUCGAGAUGCCCCCCACCCAUACGGCGUGACUCUACUGGGAGGCUUCGUGUACUGGACCGACUGGGAGACCAAAUCCGUGAACCGCACACGCAAGAACGGAACCAGUUAUAACACUACCAUAAGGGCGGGACUGCCAGCUGUUAUGGAUAUCAAGGCACUGCCGGACCACCCAUUGGACCACCAUUGUGAAAACGAAUGUGGACAAGACAACGGCAAGUGUUCUCACCUCUGUCUGCGGAAUCCGGAGGGAAUCUCGUGCGCGUGUCCGACUGGUCUCACAGUGAGGGACAACCACCACUGCGUCGACGAACCUUCGAGCUACCUUAUCUUCGCCGGCCUGAGGACCAUCGGCAGGAUCUCCCUCGACACUGAGCCCCUGUGGGACGUCCCCCUCGACGUGCCCCACAUCCACCACCCCGCCAUUGUGGAUUAUUACCAGAAGAAGGACAUCCUUUUCUUUACGGAUCUCAAGUUCGAUUCCAUCCGCGCUGUGUCGAUGAAGAACCUCACCCACCCGUGGACUGUGCUGUCGGACGGCCUCAACACCCCCGACGGCCUCUCGGUGGACUGGAUCGCAGGGAAUCUGUACUGGAACGACGCCGGGCGGAAGGUGAUCGAGGUGGCCAAGGUGGACGGGUCUUGUCGGAAGAUUAUUGUGAGCACGGACCUGGUGGAGCCUCGUGCCAUCGCGGUCUUCCCGGAGGAAGGCUUUCUCUUCUGGACGGACUGGGGCAACAAGUCGAAGAUCGAGCGCUCGUACCUGGACGGGACGGGGCGCAAGAUCCUCAUCGACCAGGAGAUCGGCUGGCCAAACGGGCUCACGAUCGACUACGACACGAAACGCAUCUACUGGAACGACGCUCUCAAGGACACCAUCAAGUCCUCCGACCUCGACGGCCAAAACGAAGUCCUGUUGGUGCCGAAAGUCGUCCAUCCUUUCGGCCUGACGCUGCUCGGCGACUACAUCUACUGGACAGACUGGGAUCAGAUGACGAUCGAGCGAGCAAACAAAUCGAGCGGAAGUAAUCGGCAGGUUAUACGAACUGACAUCGAGGGCGUGAUGGAGGUGAAGGCAGUGAGCGCCGGAGGACAGACGGGUUGGAACGUUUGUGCGGAUAGGAACGGCGGAUGCACCCACCUCUGUCUCUACCAUCCCGAGGGGGUCCGCUGCGCCUGCCCCGACCGCCCGGAUGCCAGGGGCUCAGACCGAGAGGGGCUCCGGCUUCGCCUCGCCCUAACGGCCGCUCCCUCGGCAGGUCCCGUGAUCAAGGUGACGCCGACGGGGAGUCCGCGCCACGCCAUGUUCAGCACGACGAUGGCGUCAGCCAAGAAGGGCCCCCGCGGCGACCUUCCCGGCCUGAUCCCGCUGGUGGUGGCGCUGGUGGUGGUGGUGAUCCUUGCCGUGGCGUCCAUGGUGGCGGUGGUCGUGUGGUGGAAGUACAAGGAGAAGACCAAGAUGGUGGAGGGGCCCAACGGCGGCGCCCUCACCUACACCAACCCCACCUACAGCGCCUCCAACUCCGACGUUAACACCGACCGCAAGCCAUUCACGUGGCGACGCCUUCACCACGAUGCCAACCACCAG